UUUUUCUCCCCUCUUCUACCCAUCAUGCGCCUCCUUCCCUAUGGUUUUUUUCUUUGCAAAUCUACAACAAUCUGUUACAAAGGAAGCAUCAAAGAUUCUACUAAAGAAAUGGCUGAAAAAAAGAUUAGGAUUAAUUGGAAGCAAGAAGGAGUCGACAAAUAUUACCUUUGCGAUGCCGCAUACACCAACACUCGUGGGUUUAUGACUCCCUAUCGUAAUACGAGAUAUUGGUUAGCCGAUUUUCGACGACAACGUGCAUUGACUAACGAAGAAAAGUUCAACCAUGCUCACGCACAACUCAGAAAUGUGAUUGAGCGCGCAUAUGGUGUUUUGAAGGCAAGAUUCCCAAUCCUAAAACAAAUGGCCCCCUUUUCAUUUACAAUACAAAGAGACAUAGUGAGGAAAGUGAUGGCCAGUCACGACAUGGAAUGGGGCUCACAAGGCAUUGAAUAUAUGACUACUUUGCGUGACGAGAUAGCUACUCAAUUAAUGUCAAAUGGUUAA